AUGGCUGAAGAACCCUUUGGAAACCAAUCCUCCGCUUCCGGAGAUGAGCUUGGCCUAAACCUUCACCUUCAGGUUCGCGAUGGCACAGACUCGCUGUCUGGCGGGAAUGACGAUGACCUCGUGAGCGGGGUUGAGGUUGAGGCGGGCACCGAUGCCAGCCAUCUCAGGGAGGGCUCAGUCGACUCGCUCGACUCGCUUUUUGAUGGGGAUGGGGAUGACGAUGAGCUCUUAGUCUUUGGCCAGGCUGGCGCUGACGCUGAUGCCGAUACCGAUGCCAACGCCAACCAUAUCACCAAGGGCUCAACUGACCCGUCGUCAGCUGCGGUUAGUGAGCAGCCAGCGCCCGCUCCUCCUCAGCCGGCAGCUAACUUGGCAUCGAUGCUCAGUUUUCCCAUGAUCUCUCUCCCAGUCUCUCUCCCAGUCCCUGAUCCGUCGGGCGCGUCGCAGCGCAACGAUGGACACACUUCAGGCGACUCAGUGGUUAGUAGUACUGUUCACACUCCCACCACUACUUCUUCAGCCGCGGCCACCGUGUCGCAGCCACAGGGGUCCCUCGACGAUGCUGCUCUCAAUGCUGAGCUCGAGGCCCUCUUGGAUGCUGUUCCAAGCCAGAAAGUCCCCCAAGACCAACAGGAGCAGCCUGUUAAUGAUGAGACAGUCGAUUCGAAGCCCAAAAAAGCGACUCGCCGCAGCAAACAGCCCAUCAACGCGGCUCCCAGUCCCAUGAUUCUGUCGCCACAUGACACGCAGCUCCCAGUCUCCUUGAUUCCCGGGUUUCGGUACGCACAUAGCCAGACCAACCGCAUGGAAAAGCUCCCUCGCCGUGCCGACGUUAACCCAGAAGUACUUGAACUGCUGCCCUGGUUUCUCACUUUGAAUCGGAGGUACAAUAUCGACGCCGCCCUAAAAAUCCUCGAAUUGACCCCCAGCGAGGGUAAACGCCUGUCGGCGGAGAUCAAGGCGGCUUGCAAGGAGCUGGAGCCGCUGAAGGGACUCGUUGAAGGCGAGCACGCCAGAUCCGCCCAUACAAAGAAGAUGCUUGUCAUUGGCUGCCACCGCAUGCUCACUGCUGGCGGCAUGGGUGAACGCUACUUCAGUAGGCAUUCCCGCACAGCAGCUACGCGUAGGUGGUUCUGGCCUGACGAUUCCACCUAUCUUCUCAGCGGUUUUGUUAUGCUUACUUACCGCCACUGCGACAAUCUCCGGUCGACCCAUCUGUUUUAUCUGCGCGCCAAAGAACGCAUGGAACGUGAAAGCAGCAAUGUUAGUGACAUGCCUUCUGUCAGUUCCCACUCAGGCACCAGCACCCCGAGUCCACUUCUCGAUAUGGAAGAUGCCAAUGACAUUGUCGAAAUCUCAUCCGAAGUCUUCAAUCAGAAUCGAGUCUCCGCUCGGGCCGCUCCCGCUAAUCUCGACCACGGCUCGUUACAGCUGACCCCCCCUGAGGGUGCUGUCCAGGGUUAUACACAGCAUGGCCCGGCCAUCCCUGUCAGCAGGCCUGAGGUUAUCAGGGUCGACGAUGAUCCUCGGCCUUCUCAGCUUGACAACAUCUGUCAGGGCACUCAAUCUGCUUAUACUGGUUCUCACGUCGCGCAGGUUCCUGGUACCGUUCCUGAGAUGAUUUCCAAGGGAGGAGACCCCCAGCUGCCUGUUCAACGGUCCAUCACUCAUGCCAUCUCUCAGGCGUCUUCUCAUCUCGACUCUAAGAACCCUCAGGACAACCAUCUGGUCCACUACGCUUUACAGACCCAUCAGCCUAAUUUUGCUCACAUGAGCGAAGGUCCAGCUGCUCCUCAGGCUGAGCAGCAAGGUGAGCUCCAAGCCAGCGAGGCCGAGUAUGCUGCUUCUCCAGGCACCUCCGACCUCGAGGCUUUGCUUAAACGGGCCGUGGGCCAAACGCUGGGUGAAGCCGUUUCUCACAACCCCGAGCAGGGCAAUAUCCAGGGCAACCAACAAGCUGCUACGAACGGUGGUGAGGUUGUCGAGGGUGUUCGCAUAGCUUAUAACAACACCCAGAUGGCUGAAAACAAUUCUGCUCUUCCCCACGAUGGGCCCCCCCAGGUUUCCCACAACAGUUCUCCGGUGAUUCAGAAGAGCCAGCCUUUACAAGGCCCUUCCAAUAAUGUGCACGACUGGAUUGAGAGGACGGAGUCUGACGAUACCCCGGAGGCGUCCCAGAACACCUCCCUGGCUAUGAUCUCGGGCUCUGUAGGCAGUGCUGCUCCACUCAACCCGAUCGAAAUCCGUGCCGAUAUCUCACCGACACCUCCAACCUUCUUCCAGACCGUCGCAUACGAAGUCACGGCAAAGAAGCACCUCAAACAGACCAACCAACUCCCUAACCCCUCCCGCAGCCCUCUGUCCACGGUCCCGGUCGAUGCCAACAUCAUGUACUCAUUGUAUGUCAAAGACCGCCAGGAUGGUGCUGAUUUAUGCGUCCCGCGCUCAUGGUGCCAUCGCGAUGCGGGUACAACGCAAGGCGCCUAUGUUGCUAUUAUGGAGGAGCUGCGGAAGGCAGGUCACAACCCCACUAUGGUGAUUCUGACGCCGUCUGGAAGGAUGUCGAUUGAGAAUCAGGCUGAUUGGGACAAGGCGGUGUUGCAGAUUUAUGAUGUUCGCCGCGAUGUGGCGAUUGUGGAGGUGGAAGUUCACGUUUGA